AUGCUCCGGCUGGCCUUCCCGCUCGUCUCCCACCUCCCGCGCAGGAAACCGGCCUCAGUCCGCCCACGCCCUCCACCUGCUCGACGAUAUGCCUCCUCCUCCUCCGCCACCACCGCCUCCUUCUCUCCCCCUCCCUCUCCCCUGCUACCGCCGCUACCCCCGGCCUCCGCCUACGUCCACCUCCCCUUCUGCCGCAAGCGCUGCCAUUACUGCGACUUCCCCAUCGUCGCCCUCGGCUCAUCCUCAGCCUCGUCCCAUGGCGGUGGCGAGGCCGCGGAAGACCCCAGGAUCGUCGACUACGUGCGCCUCCUGCUCCGCGAGGUCUCCGCCACGCGCCCGGUCUCCGACGACGGCGUGCCGCUCGAGACCGUCUUCUUCGGGGGCGGCACGCCGUCGCUCGUCCCGCCGCGCCUGGUCGCCACGGUCCUCGACGCGCUGCGGGACAGGUUCGGCCUGUCGGCGUGCCCCGAGGUGUCCAUCGAGAUGGACCCCGGCACGUUCGACGCCGCCAGGCUCAGGGAGCUCGUGGGCGUGGGCGUCAACCGCGUCUCGCUCGGUGUCCAGGCGUUCCAGGAGGACCUGCUGCGGGCGUGUGGACGCGCACACGGCCUGAAGGAGGUGUACGAGGCCGUCGGGAUCGUCACUGCGUGCGAGGGGCUGCAGAACUGGAGCAUGGACCUCAUCUCCUCGCUGCCGAAUCAGACCGAGGAGAUGUGGGAGGAAAGCUUGAGGUGCACGGUGGAUGCAAGGCCCACUCACGUCUCCGUGUAUGAUCUGCAAAUUGAGCAGGGCACCAAGUUUGGGCAAAUGUAUGCUCCUGGUGUCUUUCCUCUUCCGAGUGACAUUGAGUCUGCAAACUUCUACAAGAUUGCUUCGAAGCGGCUUUCUGAAGCAGGAUAUAACCACUAUGAGAUCAGUAGCUACUGCAAGCCUGGAUACGAGUGCAAGCACAACCUAACAUACUGGCAAAACCGGCCCUUCUAUGCCUUUGGUCUUGGCUCUGCAAGCUACAUUAACGGUGUCAGGUACUCCAGGCCCAGAAGAACAAAGGAGUAUGCAGAAUGGGUUCAGAAGUUAGAGGAUGGAACGUGGAGUCAUGAGUCUAGAAGCUCUGAUAUGAAGGACAUGGCACUGGAUGUGGUUAUGCUAUCACUGCGAACAGCUUGGGGGCUUGAUUUGCAAAGUUUCAGUAAAUCCUUUGGGAAAAGCCUGACACUAUCACUGUGUAACACAUUUAAGCCUUUUGUGGAGAGUGGGCUUGUAAUUGCCAUGGAUAUGGAUCGACGAGCCUUGCCACAUGUUGAUUUUGAGUUGGACCUGCAAAAUGAAGAUGAUUUUGGAAGAAGAGUUGCAUUCAUCCGUCUCAGCGACCCAGAUGGAUUUUUAUUGUCCAACGAGUUGAUUUCACUUGCUUUUGGGAUUAUCUCACCUUGA